AUGCUUACCUUCCGACGGUCGUUGAUUGCGGCCGUGUGUCUGAUCGCUUUUGUUCUCCUCCUCCGAACGACGCAUUCCACUGUCGCUAUUGAUCGCGAACCCGGUGUUCCCGCGCAACAACCACCCGGUGGACAACAGCAAGACACUGGGUUACCGCAGCAGCAGCAGCAACAGCAACAGCAACAGCUCCUGUCCAGCGCACCGCCGGCAAGUGCGAGUCUCCGCGAUCGGUUACGAUACCAGUUCCCUUACCGUCUCGAGGCGCCGUUUCCUGCAUACAUCUGGCAGACAUGGAAGUACGCUCCGUCGUCGGUCUGGUUCCAGGAGCGACUGCGACCGCGCGAGGCCAGCUGGUCCCAGAUGAACCCGGAAUUUGUGCACGAGGUGGUGGGGGACGAUACGCAAGGCCAUCUGAUCCGGUAUCUCUACGCAGCGGUGCCUGAGGUGUACGAGGCGUUCGAGGCGAUGCCGUUGCCCGUCCUCAAGGCCGAUUUCUUCCGGUACCUCAUCCUGCUCGCCCGCGGCGGCAUCUACAGUGACAUCGACACGACAGCUCUCAAGCCGGCGACCGUUUGGCUGCCUGCAGAGCUCGACCAGUCGACCGUAGGGUUCGUGGUGGGCAUCGAGGCCGACCCGGACCGCCCGGAUUGGCACGACUGGUAUUCGCGCCGGAUCCAGUUCUGCCAGUGGACGAUCCAGUCCAAACCCGGCCACCCGAUCCUACGUGACCUCGUGGCCGCCAUCACCGAAGAUGCCCUGCGGAUGAAGAAGAAGGGCAUCCUAUACACGGGGAAAAUGGACAAGACAGUCAUGGAGUUCACGGGUCCCGCCGCCUGGACGGACGCCAUCUUCCGCUACUUCAACAACGAAGAGUACUUCUACGUCGAGCCCGGCUCCACCAGGAACAUCACCUACGAGGACUUUACGUACCAGCAAGACCACCGCAAGGUCGGCGAUGUCAUCGUCCUGCCCAUCACCAGCUUCAGCCCGGGCGUCCACCAGAUGGGCGCUGGCGACUUGAACGAUCCUAUGGCUUUUGUCAGACAUGACUUUGACGGAUCCUGGAAAACCGAUCCGUCCUUAUGA